AUGGAGAAAGGCCAUUUUGGCGACUAUUCUUCUGAUAGUGACCCAUAUGAGUCGGGUCAAGAAUCGAGUAGGGAAAAUUUCAGUGAGGGUGAAAUUGCCCAGGGGGCUCAAAGUGAUGACAACGGGAACAGUUUGUCAAUACAUGCUGACAAUGAGUCAGACUCUGAAAGAUUUGACCCUACUGAGGGUGAAUCAUCGUUCAUGUUGGAGGGGGGCAUGGCAUCGUACUGUAGAAAGUACUUCUAUAAACAUCUGACAGAUGAGAGCAUCAAGAGAAAUAUUCUAGAUGAUGCUCCUGUGCCUUCAAAUGCUUUCUGCAACCCUCCAAAGGUUGAAGAGUUUGUAGAAGAUUUCAUAGACUACAACUCUAUGAAAUUUCUUAAGUUGCGUGAUAAAAGUUUAGCUUUUAUACAAAAGAAAAUAACACAAGUUAUGGGACCAUUGGUCAAAGUUUGGUCAGCCAUUGAUGGGGCUAGGAAAGGACAGGAAGAAAAUGACAAUUUUUCAGUCAUGGAUAUGCUCAAAUUAGUGGAGCAAGUGGUCGUUCUGGUCGGGCAGGCAAAUGCUACUUGUUUGUACGAACGACACCUGAACUUCCUGGCCAAAAUCAUGAAAGGUGUUAAAAAGGCCAAAGAGCAAUUAAAAACUUACGAGCAUGAUUUAGCUCAGGAGACCCAUACCCUGUAUGGUGACACCAUAUAUAAAGCCCUGGAUCGUAGGUGCAAGAGCAAGAAGCGUGCAAGGGAAAUAUUCCGUGAGAUCCAAUCAAAACGUAGACGUUUUGACCAGCCCUUUCGGGGGACACCCUCACGUGGAUACUCGCAAGGUCAUAGCCAAGGACGUGGGGGCAGAGUCUCGACAUAUCAAUCUUUCAAGCAAAGUGGGCAAGGCCCAAAGAAGGGAGGUUUUGGAUUUAGGAUCCCCAAGAAGAACAGAACUGGAGACAGCAGGUAUGAAAUCAAAAGAGGACAUACCUCUAGUUUUGCAACAAAUAGUGAAAAUCUCGAGUCUGAACAAACUGCAUGCCUCAGUAAGUCAGAUAGAAUUCAAAGAAAUUUAUCAAAACGACAUUCCCUUAGGGGGGAGAUUAAAACACUUUCUAGAAAAUUGGAAAUUGAUAACAAGAGACAAAUACUUGUUGGAGAGUAUUUCCGGAUAUCAGAUAGAAUUUGA